AUGCUUGCUAACAAUGAAGUUGGAUCGUUGCAGCCAGUUGCAGCAAUUUCUCGAGCAGUGCGACGAUUCGUCGAGGACGAGGAGAAUCGGCUAUGCAUCCAGACGCCAGUCAAGCGAUUGGUAAAGUGCCAUGGUUUGGACACGAUGAUUCACGGAGCGUCGCAGGAGAACGGACGUCGUGGUGGUACAGAGAAUGUGGGACUAGUGGCGGCACUGGGCCAGGCUUGUGCGCUUGUAGAGAAGAACUUGCACGAGUACGCUGUCAUCAUGCAAGAGAGCAGGGCGUUCCUCCUCGAGCAGAUCCAAAAGCACUGCAGUCUCACGAAUGUUAGCUACCAGGUGAACGGCCACCCAGAACUUUCACUGCCUAACACGCUCAGCAUCAGCUUUGAAAACAUUAACGCAUCGCGUCUCCUCGACUUGAUAGAGGCCGACGGCGUCUAUGCAAGUGCAGGAUCAGCGUGUCAUAGCCACAAGCAAGACAGGGCUACCGAACAGGAAAAGAACCUAGACCGCGACGGGAAACACAUUACUACCAUUUCGCACGUGCUAGCUGCCAUGCACGUGGCUCCUGAGUUUGCCAAAGGCACACUGCGCUUGUCUGUGGGUCGCUCUACCACGCAGGAAGAGGUACUACACGCUGCUAACGCAAUCCACAAGCCAUCCAGCAACUGCUGUAGCUUAGCCAAGGUGUCCACAGGCACAGAACUAUAA